AUCUGAUUUCAGGGUAUAAAAAUAUUGGUGUUUAGAUUUAUAUAGUGCUUGACUGUGUAAAUUUUUUUAACUUCACUGUUGAAUAAACUUUCGUUAAAGAAUUUGAGCACAACUAUUAAUCCUAGUUAUGGGAAAAAGUAUUUAAGAACACGGGGUGGGGCAUUCCUGUGACAGGAGAACCGUGCUACGUGCAGGUGAAUAAUAAUAAUACCAUUGAUCAUGAUUGCUUCGUAAGUUUUAUUCUGGAAAAAUUGAUGAGACAGCAUAGUGAGAAUCAUGGCACGACCGAUUGUACCCAGCCAACAGAAAAUGGCUGAAAAGCUGACUAUUUUAAAUGACCGUGGAAUCGGCAUGCUCACACGUAUAUACAAUAUCAAAAAAGCUUGUGGCGAUGCUAAAUCUAAGCCGGGAUUCUUGUCUGACAAGUCAUUGGAGUCUUCUAUAAAAACAAUAGUGAGGAAGUUCCCGAACAUUGACAUCAAAGGAUUGCAAACAAUCACAAAUUUAAGAAAUGAAAUUAUUAAGUCACUAUCCUUAUACUAUUACACGUUCGUUGAUUUACUCGAUUUUAAAGAUAAUGUUUGUGAAUUGUUAACCACGAUGGAUGCUUGUGGUGUUUACAUGGAUAUAACUAUUAAUUUUGAUUUGACAAAAGGAUAUUUAGACCUCGUUGUUACUUACACGAGCUUAAUGAUACUUCUAUCAAAAGUUGAAGAUCGGAAAGCUGUUCUUGGACUUUUUAAUGCUGCCCAUGAAAUGGUGCACAGCCAGUCAGAUCAAAGUUUUCCACGUUUGGGGCAAAUGAUAAUGGAUUAUGAUGCGCCAUUAAAAAAACUCUCAGAGGAAUUUGUACCACACUCGAAGCUACUGAAGAACGCUUUAACAUCAUUGUGGCCAAUAUAUCCUGGCAGAAAUUUAACAGCCGACACUUGGAGAGCGGAUCAGAAACUCAGUUUAGUGGGGAGUCCAGGACAAAUUUUAAAGGCAGCAGCGACUGAUACAAUGUCAUGCGAAACAUUGAGUUUGGAGCGCGUCGAAAGAUGGAUUAUUCUUGGCUUUACUCUCUGUCAUUCGUUUCUUAAUCAAGAACAGCCGAAUCAACUUUGGACAACUGCGCUGGAAUCCGGCUGGGUUCUUGCUCUCUUUCGAGAUGAAGUCAUUUACAUUCACCAGUACAUCCAAGCCUUUUUCGAAGGCAUUAAAGGCUACGGCAAAAGAGUCUCCGAGGUGAAGGAAUGUUACAAUCACGCGAUUCAAAAAGCUGGCUAUCGUCACAGAGAGAGGAGAAAAUUCCUCAGAACGGCUCUCAAAGAACUGGGGCUAAUUUUAACUGAUCAACCAGGUCUUCUAGGACCGAAAGUGCUGCUGAUUCUAAUGGGCCUCUGUCACUCUAGAGACGAAGUUUUCUGGCUCCUGCGACAUCGAGUCAAUCCUCCUAAUCAGGGCAAAGGCAAAGGUCGUGGUGGCGAAGACUUGGUCGACAGACAACUACCAGAAUUACUCUUCCAUUGCGAGGAGCUUCGGGCUCUCGUUAGAAAGUACUCUCAAGUUCUUCAGAGAUACUACGUGCAAUUUCUCUCCGGCUUUGAUGCACCUGCACUGCACCAAAUGAUUCAGAAUCUUCCCGUCUGCCCCGAGGAAGAAGGGGCAAUUUUAAGCGACUUGUGCUCUCAAAUUGCGAGUCUCACAGUGAAACAAGUCGAGGACAAUGAGCUAUUUGACUUCAGGGCUUUUAGACUCGAUUGGUUUAGACUUCAGGCUUACAUGUCGAUCGCCAAGAGUGGAAUGAAUCUGGCCGAGAAUAGGGAGCUCACAUCCUUUAUGGAUACCGUUAUCUUUCACACAAAAAUGGUCGAUAAUCUAGAUGACGUGCUUGUUGAAACUUCCGAUCUUUCAAUCUUCUGCUUCUAUAGUAAAAUUUUCGAGGAUCAGUUUCACAUGUGCCUGGAAUUUCCAGCUCAGAAUAGAUACAUCGUUGCUUUUCCUCUCAUUUGUAGCCACUUUCAGAGUUGUACCCACGAACUAUGCCCAGAAGAACGUCAUCAUAUUAGAGAGAGAAGUUUGUCGGUGGUCAACAUGUUUCUCGAUGAAAUGGCAAAAGAAGCCAAGAACAUUAUUACAACAAUCUGUGACGAGCAGUGUGAUAUGAGCGAUAAACUUCUUCCGAAACAUUGCGCGAUUCUUAUCUCUCAAACUUUGAAUCGUAAAAAGAAGGAUAAAAACAAGAAGAACAUGAUUGAAAUUCACAAACCGGGAAUUGAGAGUUACAGAAAAACUAGAGAAGAAUUGACGACAAUGGAUAAAUUGCAUAUGGCCUUAACUGAACUUUGUUACGCUAUUAAUUAUUGUCCUACAAUUAACGUUUGGGAAUACACAUUCGCCCCAAGAGAAUACCUUCAUCAGCAUUUGGAGAACAGGUUUGCUCAAGCUUUAGUUGGAAUGGUUAUGUUCAAUCCGGAUACGAGUGAAAUUGCAAAACCGUCGGAAUUAUUUGUCAGCGUUCGAGCCUAUAUGAAUGUUCUUCAGACUGUUGAAAAUUAUGUUCACAUUGAUAUUACGAGGGUCUUUAAUAAUGCGUUACUGCAGCAAACACAACCUUUGGAUAGUCAUGGAGAGAAAUCGAUUGCAGCUCUUUAUACUCAAUGGUAUUCGGAAGUUUUACUAAGAAGAGUCAGUGCUGGGAAUAUUUGCUAUUCUGGCAAUCAAAGAGCUUUUGUCAGUCUCACUGUUGAAGGAGCGAUUCCUUUUAAUGCUGAAGAGUUCUCAGACAUUAAUGAACUAAGGGCUUUAGCAGAACUUAUUGGACCUUACGGUAUGAAAAUGUUGAAUGAGACUUUAAUGUGGCAUAUUGCAAGCCAAGUUCAGGAAUUGAAGAAACUUGUCGCUGGAAAUAAAGAAGUUUUAAUUGCAUUAAGGACAAACUUUGAUAAACCAGAAGUGAUGAAAGAACAAUUUAAAAAAUUGCAACAAGUGGACAACGUUCUUCAGAGAGUAACAAUAAUCGGUGUGAUUCUCAGCUUCAGACAACUUUCUCAAGCCGCGCUUGUCGAUGUUCUAGAGGAGCGAAUUCCAUUUUUAUUAAGUUCCAUUCUCGAUUUCAAACAUCAUCUUCCGUCUGGUGAUCCAAUGCGUGUGGUGUCUGAAAUGACUUCAGCCGCCGGUCUUACUUGCAAGGUCGAUCCCACCUUAACCACAGCCCUUCGAAGUCAAAAGGCUGAAGUUGAUGAAGAUGAGCAUAUUUUAGUUUGUCUUCUAAUGGUUUUUGUAGCGGUUUCAAUUCCUAAACUCGCUAAAAAUGAAAACUCAUUUUAUAGAGCAUCUCUUGAGGGUCAUUCGAAUAAUAUUCACUGUAUGGCCACGGCAAUUAAUAACAUUUUUGGAGCAUUAUUCACGAUCUGUGGUCAGAAUGAUAUUGAGGACAGAAUGAAAGAGUUUCUUGCCUUAGCUUCUUCCAGUUUAUUGAGAUUAGGCCAAGAAGCUGAUAAGGAAGCAACAAGAAAUAGAGAAUCAGUUUAUCUUCUUCUCGAUCAAAUUGUUCAAGAAUCUCCUUUUCUCACUAUGGAUUUGCUUGAAAGUUGCUUCCCUUAUGCAUUAAUUCGUAAUGCUUAUCAUGAUGUUUACAAAUUGGAACAUGCUCAACCUUAAAAAAAGACUCUUUGAAAGUCAAAACGUAAUCGAAAUUAUUUUUUAUUUAUUUCUUUAUUACAAUUUAUUUCAAAUUAGAUAAAUUUAGUUAUUUGACAUGAUAAAUUUGUCAAAAAUGUAAGCUUUGGAAAAUUUAAAAAAAUUGUAUAAAAACGUUUUCAAUGAGAUGCUGUAAAGCCAGCGAAUUUGCAACUAUUUGCAACUUAUGGAAAAAUGCAAAGUGUACAGUUUUUAAAAUGUAACGUAUUAUUUAUAACUAAUUUUAUUGAAA